AUGUCUGCGGCUGAUAAGGCCACGUACAAGGGCGCGCUGGCUGCUGCGAUGGACUCGGGUGCCUACAUCAAGUUCGUCGAGAUCCACACCGAAAUGAAGUCCGAGAUGGAGGCGCACAAGCAGUGCAUGUUCAUCUACUGGCAUCGGCUCUUCCUCGUCGCGUUCGAAAACAUGCUCCGCGGCCAGGGCUCCAAGUACGCGUGCGUCACGGUGCCGUACUUUAACUGGAUGACAGCGAGCAACAGAGCUCUAACCGGCGAGUGCAAGACGCUGGGCGAGUGUUCACCCAUCCUGAGAGAGUUGGGCGGGUACGCAGGCAACUCGCAGAAAACCGUGACCAUCAACGGCGUCCCAGUGACCGGAAACUGCGUGGCCACGAACCCACUGAACCACUUUUGCCAAGGCAACUGGGGAUCAGCAAAGGUCCCGGCGAGUGUGAGCUACGCGUCGGUGAUCGGACAAGUCUUCAACGGGACGAACAUCGACAAAGUCUCUCGAACUGUAGAGCGCGGUUGUCACGCCGAUAUCCACUCGAUUCUUGGAGGAACAAUGACCAAGUUCCAGUCACCUGCAGAUCCGAUCUUCUGGUCACACCACGCCAUGCUGGAUGCGCUGAUCACCAUCUUCCACAAGUGUCGGGUCGGCACUCGACGCAUGACGUUCGCCCAGAAGGCGGCGGAUCCAGUUGCUUGGGCAUCUUGUAGGCGACGAGUUGGUGGGGGGAAACUAGCCACUGGACCGCCAUUCAAGCCAACGGACGUCAUCACAAUGCGGACCGGCCAGAAAGGCAAGACCCCGAUAGACGCUAGUAAGGACCCACUCAUCGGUCGGUACUUCCGGGGCGUGCCGAACCGCUUCGCCGACAUGUUGGACGGGAGCGAUCUUGGUCGCAGCAGCUAUACGUACGAGAUCAGCGGCCUGCUCGCUACGAUGUACAGGGAUUGCGGUGGCAUGACAAAGAGGCACAACCCACCUGCCGCUCCUGCAGCUAAGAAGUUGGUGAUCGCUACACACUUCACUCGACCAGAGAAGCGCGUGAUGAACUGGUACAAUCAGUCUCUGGUAUCCAAUGGAGGAAAGUUUCAGGAUAACAUCGCCGACAUGGAGCGCCAAGUGUGCAUGUUCCAGGAGCUCUGUCUUGGCGGGAUCGUCGAGUAUUCAGAGGAGUUCAAGGCUCUUUGGGGGGUCGAGGAGCCGCGCUGCAGGACCAUCGUCAAUGCCAUCAACCGCGGCGAGCAGCAAAUCUUGGACUCGUCGUGGAAAGAGAAGAUGGAAGCGCAUUUCGGUUGCCCCCAUCCGGCGAAUGAGACGAUCGCUAGGGCAACGGGACGCAAUUGA